GUUGUUGAUUUCUUACUUUGAAGAAGUUUUGAUUCGAUGGCUGAAAAUGGUGAUGACAGAUCAGGUGGUGCGUGGAGUCGGGUGGUUGUUGCGUCAAAGCGGAAUUGUCCGCCAACGAGGGGAAGAGUUUGAUCCAGCCGAGCUACAGCAUCGCCCUCGACAGACCGCUGUGGGUCAAGAGGAAUACGAGCAGAUUGAACGGGAGUCAUUGAGGUUGUUUCGUGACCUGCACCUUUCAGAUCCAUUGUUUCGACGCAUGGGUGACCGCAAUGACGGCAAUAGGACGUUGUCGGGUGCGAGCCGACGAUCUGGUUCAAGUACUCCUGCAAAACGGGUCUAUUUGACUGAAGUGCCAGAGGACCCUGUGGAUGAGGAGGCCCCUGAAGAGGAGGAGCUUGUUGAGGAUGACGAGCAUAUGGUGCUGGAAACUGCUAUUCAAAAGGAGGCACAAGCCUUUGCUGCUGAGUUGGAAGAAGCUGAACAAGAUGGUUUGGACCCCAGCACCAUUGAGACGUUGGAAGCCAAUUUUGAAUCAGCUGCUGAAACUUUGGUCACGAUGCGUGAAGCACGCAAUAGACUGCAGGAGAUCAGAAAGGACCGUGGCUACAAGAAGCCCAUGGAUGGUGCUGCAAAGGGUGGACAGAUUUCCAAGAAGAAUUCGAAGCAUCCAUGCUUCGAUUGUGGAUUGCCGGGGCAUUGGGCCGGUGACAAAGAGUGUCAGAAGCCUGGCCAAGGACUUGCUCGCAAAGCUGGAAAAGUUGCAGCUGCUCCCAAGCAAGUGCGUUUUGCAGAAGUUUGUCAAUCGGACGCCAUUGCCACUGACCCCAUUGACACAACCAGCACUGUACACGAAGCUGCCAUGGUGAAUGUUGCUGUUGGCCUUCCUUUAGACCAAGCCCUGAAUGUGAACCUCUAUGGCACCACCCAUCCAGUGCUUGUUUCUGACGCCAGGGACAUUGCUGGCGACAAGAUGUUGGUGGGUGCCCUUGACUCAGCCUGUAACAGGACUUGCUCGGGCCCUAAGUGGUUGGAAGCCUAUGUGCAGCAGAUCCGUCAAUCUGCACCAGCAUUCAUUUCCAAUUUGAUUCAGGAAGUAGUUGAACAUGAGAAUUUCAGAUUUGGAAAUGGUGGCAUUGUUCCAAGCACACAUCGUUGGCGUCUUCCAGCUUUCGUGGGUGGUCGUGUUUUGCUGCUUUGGGUUUCACUAGUACCAGUUCCUUCACUAGGUCUUUUACUUGGCCGAGAUUUUUUGGAAUCAGUUGGUGGAGUGCUGGACUUCGCAGACAAAACCAUCAGCUUCAAGCAUCUUGAGGCCAAGACUCAACGACUGGAGCAGAUGUCAGCUGGGCAUUACAUGCUGCCCUUGGUGGACGUCAUCAAGUUCUCUCCACUGAGUGUGUCAGUGAUGAGUGCUGCACCGUUGGGCAAGCACGAUUUGAACGAGACCAUUCGAUACCUGAGCCCUGCGGCAGCCAAGUUGUUCUUCGAGGAGACAGGCUCUUACGGCCAGAUUUGGUAUCGAUGGCGAAGGUUUCUACUUCGCAUGAUGGCUCGAAGGGUAUGGCACGAGCAAAGCUUGUUGCUCUGGCUGCAAUCGCGCUCAUACUUGCGCUAUUUGCCAUUCCCUUACCCAUCAAUCGAGACUCCAGAGCAGUGGCAGGUUCAGGCCCACGCCCAAUUCCAAGCGGGCACAAUUUUGGGCAAGCACUAUCACAUCGCCGAAUACAAGAACCUGUUCACUUCUCGCAAUCUGCAGGAGUUGAGCCAAUUUCGCAAUCGAGUGGGUUGGCGCUUGGCUUUCGCCGAGGAUCCAGUUCUGGAUGGUUUGCUGGCAGCGCGUUCACACCGUGGACAAGCCAGCUGCUUGAAGCAGGCAGCCAUUCAGGAGAUCAAGAAGCAGGCAGACAAGGACGCAGAGAAAGCUGGUCGUGUUGUGGCUCUUCGAGAGCUGAUUGGUCCUCGUGGUGGCCUUCCAACGCUGAAGUCAGAUCUGAUCAAGCUGGCACAUCUGUUGGAUGUGGAGAUUGGCGAGAAGGACACCAUUCCAAUCAUCAAGAGCAAGGUUCAACCGAUUGUUCAAGACCUUGCCAUGGCCUAUCCAGCAAGUGCGGCUUCAGGCCAGCCUGCACCCAAGCCUGCUGCUCAACCAAAGACGCCGAGUUUGUCAGUGGCCCAACCCAAGACUCCAGGAAGCGGAUCUUUGACGUCAACGCCGUCACCAGCCGCUCCUGCAGAGGCCAAUCAACAGUUGCACGAUCGACACCUGGAGGAUCAGCUGCAGUUCGUCGAGAGCCGAGUCACGGCAAUGGUAGAGAACCGAAUGGGCCAUUUCCUGAGCGACUCCGAGAAUCGCAUGCAGGCCAUGCUCAGCCAAGUGAUGCAACACGUGAUGGGCAUGAGCAAUCCUCCGAUGAAUGGUGCAGCAACACAAGAGACCACGGAUGCAGAGAUGGUGGCACCGUUUCCUCCAGAGAUGCCACGCUGA